AUCAUGUCACAUGAUCGGCCAUGUUCUGUCUAUGGUCAUGUUACAGUCAUGUGGUGUAUUUACAAAUAGCACAUGCUUUUAAUGUUGAUUAGAAAAAGGUAUAUAAAGUAGUAGUCCGGAACGUACAAAGUUAUUCUUUGGGAAAUUCAAAACAAACUACCAGUUAAGAUGAUCCGCACAGUCGUACUGUCCUGUCUCGUUGCCUGUUGUCUGGCCUUGAAUGCCCAGCUCAAUGAAGAAUGGGAGUCCUACAAACUGGUCCACGAGAAGGCUUAUGAGGCCAAUGUUGAGAUGCUCAGACGUGAGAUCUGGGAGAGCAACAUCCGGUACAUCCAACAGCACAACCUCGAGGCCGACCGUGGACUCCACACCUACACACUCGGCAUGAAUAAAUAUGGAGACAUGACCCACCAGGAAUUCGUUGCCAUCAUGAACGGUGUUAAGAUGAACCUGAGCGACCCCAACCCCAAAUCCGUCUGCAGCAAAUUCACCCCUCCACUGAACGUGAAACUGUCUGACUUGCCCGACACCGUCGACUGGAGGACGCAGGGUUACGUCACGCCAAUUAAAGAUCAGGGUCAGUGCGGUUCCUGCUGGUCAUUCUCUACAACUGGUUCCCUGGAAGGCCAGAACUUCAAGAAGACUGGUACCCUCACCUCCCUGUCCGAGAAAAAUCUGAUGGACUGCUCACAGAAAUAUGGUAACCACGGUUGCGAGGGUGGGUUGAUGGAUCAAGCUUUCGCUUACGUCAUUGCCAACGACGGCAUAGACACCGAGACAUCAUACCCCUACAAGCCAGUUGAUGGAAAAUGCAAGUUCAACCCCAAAAAUGUUGGAGCUACUGAGAAAAGUUGUAUGGACAUCAAUGCGGGGUCAGAGGAUGACCUUCAAGCCGCCGUAGCAACCGUGGGACCAAUCUCCGUCGGUAUUGAUGCAAGCCACCCAUCCUUCCAGCUCUACAAGUCUGGAGUGUAUAACGAGAAGAAGUGCUCAUCCACCAAUCUCGAUCACGGUGUGUUGGCUGUUGGAUAUGGAUCUCAAGACUCAAAGGAUUAUUGGCUCGUCAAGAACAGUUGGGGAGAGAGCUGGGGAAUGAAGGGAUACAUCAUGAUGUCUCGUAACGUGAAGAACCAGUGCGGUAUUGCCACUGCUGCUAGCUUCCCGACCAUGUAAACUUCUCAUUGGUGGAUUCAAGUGGAACACUCAUUUUGAUUGGUUGUCUAAUUCUUCCUUUACGACAUGUUAACAUCGGAUAACUGGAUUCAAAUUUAGAGACUUCUUUCUUAUUUGCCUAUCCAAAAAUAAGACUCUUUUUGAUAUGGUUGAAUUACGUUGCAAUAAUAGAUUGAAAGUUUUGAGAUCAAUGUUCAGUUAGAUUGAUGAUUCGAAAUCGAGUUUCACAUAGGGUUAAUUACGAAAUAUAUUUGCAAAAUGUAACAUCAAGAUCUGAUUGGAUAUGCUGAAAUUGUGUUGCUGGUUUUUUUGUGUUACAUCGAUAAUACAUGAAUUUAAAGGAAAUAAAAAGCAUGCGUGUUUAUUCAA